GAGGAGUGUAUUAUACGAGACAGGCUGUUUGUUGAUUGGUUCGCGGCCUUGCAAGGGCUUAGGGCGGUAUUACUGCCUGGCUGGGUCUCGGUUGAUCGUUCAGCCCAUGCUAUGUAUUGAGAGCGCAGCUGAGAUAUGGCGGAACAUAUUCCCAAAACGAGAAAGCCGAACUUCACCGAGUCGGAGACUUUGAUGAUUGUUGAGCAGGUGAAGAAACACAAAGACAUUCUCACCAGCAAACUCUCCGACGCUGUGACGAACGAGCGUAAGAAGGAUAUUUGGAGUCGUAUUAGUGAGUACAUCAACAACAGGACCCGCAAUGUGCAGCGAACCUCGGGAGACAUUCGCCGAAGGUGGAAAAACAUGGUGGGCGCUGCUAGGAAGGAGGUGGCCAGAAUCAAGAGCAUGCCUUCUGGUUCAGCGUCGAUACCAGAACCCUCGGAUCUCAGCCUACAGAUUCUAGACAUUAACCCCGAGUGGCAGGAUGUGUCUACCUACAAUAUAAACGGGCCAGACCCCUGUCUCUCGUCGUUCAUGAAGGUGGAGGCUUGCAACGAUGACGACGAGGAAGAUGACAUGUCGUACAUCUCCUCAUCCCCCGGGACCCAGUCCGAUCCCAGUCGUGCUCUCGGUGUGAGAACGGGGGAUAACGUCAUAUCACCACGUCACACAAACUUCUCGUCAUCGUCUCAGAGUAUGACGUCAUAUACGAUGGACAGCAACCUAUCAAACCCGAAGAAGAGGCGACUCGAGGAAGUCAGUCAUCUUCAUCAAGAAAUAAUGCAUCUGGACCGCGAGAAUCUCACUCUCGAGAAAGAAAAAAUGAAAAUAGAAAAGGAGAAACUUUCGAUGGAGAAAGAGCAACUGGCUAUAGAACGACAGAAGUUGGGAAUGGAACGAGAAAAAUUAGCCAUGGAGAAAGAGAAGAUGAACAUGGAAAAGGAGAAGUUGGCGCUAGAAAUCAGUUAUUGGAAGAGGAAGUUGCUGCAAGUAACAAGAAGCCCAUUUGACAGUAAUGAACGUUCAGAGAAUGGCGUGGACUGAUAAGACCAUACAAGGUGCUUCCUGUGAUAUACUCAUAUACCCAUCUGGAACAGUAUUAGUGUCAGUUAUAGUGUCCCGGACGUGAUGCAAUAGACUGGUCAAGUGUGUUGUCAGUGACGAUGUUGUUGUUUGGGUGAUAACACCCAGGACACACUGUCAUACUGUAGAUAUAGACAUGCUCCAAGGAGCGUACGAUAUACUGGAUAUACACUAAAAUGUGCACAUGGAUCCAUGAGUGUAUGAUAUAUGCUGUAUGUAGACAUGGAUCUAUGAGUGUGUGAUACAUAUGAUAUACACUAUAUAGGCAUGGAUCCAUGAAUGUUUGAUAUAUACUGUAUGUAGACAUGGAUCUAUGAGUAUGUUAUACAUAUAAUAUACACUAUAUAGGCAUGGAUCCAUGAAUGUUUGAUAUAUACCGUAUGUAGACAUGGAUGCAUGAGUGGGUGAUACAUAUGAUAUAUACUAUAUAGGCAUGGAUCCAUGAAUGUUUGAUAUAUACUGUAUGUGGACAUGGAUCCAUGAGUGUAUGAUGCACAUGAUAUAUACUGUAUGUAGACAUGGAUCCAUGAGUGUAUGAUAUAUACUGUAUGUAGACAUGGAUCAAUGAGUGUGUGAUACACAUGAUAUACACAGUCUAGAGGCAUGGAUCUAUGAGUGUAUGAUAUAUGCUGUAUGUAGACAUGGAUCUAUGAGUGUAUGAUACACAUGAUAUAUACUGAAUGUAGGCAUUGAUCCAUGAAUGUAUGAUAUAUACUGUAUGUAGACAUGGAUCUAUGAGUGUAUGAUAUAUAUGAUAUACACAGUACAUAGAUAUGGAUCCAUGAUUGUAUGAUAUAUACUGUAUAUAGACAUGGAUCCAUGAGUGUAUGAUAUAUGCUUUAUGUAAAAUUUGUUCCAUGAGUGAGUGAGUGAGUAAGUGAUUUUGAUUUUGAGCCACUUUUAGCAACAUUCCAGCAAUAUCACGAUGGGGGUCACCAGAAAUGGGCUUCAAACAUUGUACCCAUGUAAGGAAUCGAAACCCGGGUCUUCGGUGUGACAAGCGAACGCUUUAACCACUAAGCUGCCCGACCGCCCCUCCAUGAGUGUAUGAUAUAUACUGUAUGGAGACAUAGUUCCACGUGUGUAUGAUAUAUACUGUAUGUAGACAUGGAUCCAUGAGUGAGUGUAUGAUAUAUAUAUAUACAUAUAUAUAUAUGUAUGAAAUAUACUGUAUGUUAACAUGGUUUCAUGAGUGUAUGAUAUACAUGCUAUAUACGGUAUGUGGACAUGAAUCCAUGAGUGUAUGAUAUAUGCUUUAUGUAGACAUGGUUCCAUGAGUGCAUGAUAUAUAUGAUAUCUACUGUAUGUACACAUGGAUCUAUGAGUGUAUGAUAUAUAUGAUAUAUACGGUAUGUACACAUGGAUCUAUGAGUGUAUGAUAUAUAUGAUAUAUACGGUAUGUAGACAUGGUUCCAUGAGUAUGAUAUAUACUGUAUGUCAACAUGGAUCUAUGAGUCUUUGAUAUAUAUGAUAAAUACGGUAUGUACACAUGGAUCUAUGAGUGCAUGAUAUAUAUGAUAUAUACGUUAUGUACACAUGGAUCUAUGAGUGUAUGAUAUACAUGAUAUAUACUGUAUGUAGACAUGGUUACAUAUAUGUAUGAUAUUUAUGCUGUAUACUGUAUGUAGACAUGGUUACAUAUAUGUAUGAUAUUUAUGCUAUAUACUGUAUGUAGACAUAGAUCCAUGCUAUAUACUGUAUAGUUUAGUGAAAUAGUCUGGAAUAGUGCUCACGCCGCGAAAGACGAGCGUCGCCUUCCCUCCUGUCGCGGGCACUGCUGCAUGUGAUGGUUCAAUAAGUUUUGAACGAUCCAACAUUGACCAGUCAUGCGAAUUACAGUGAGUGAGGGAGUAUGGUUUUACGCCGCUUUUACCAAUAUUACAGCAAUAUCACGGCGGUGGGACACCAGAAAUGGGCUUCACACAUUGUGCGAAUUAGACAAUCAGAUAGACAGUUAUAUUCUCCUGCCAAAAAUACAUACAAAAGCAUGAUCAUGCUUGAGCAUGUCAUAUCAGAUUUCCAAUGCGACUUGUAGAGUUGAACAAGAACUGUUUGAUAGAAUCAAUCACUUAUUGCGAGCAAUUCCGGGUCGCAUGAAAUGAACGUCGCAAAUCGAGUAUCGCGAUUGGUAUCGCCUCCUGACUUAGUGUCGUGAUGCGGAUUGAAGCCUUAGGUUAUGCGUAUCAUGCUACCCUUAAUGUAUCAGCUAUUCACGUGUAUCACGAGACGUUGUAACGGUGCCUGUCAGACUAGGUCAGGUCUGGUCAUAGGUCGCAAGUCAUGUCACAGUUUAGGUCAGGUCGCAGGUCAGGUCAGGUAACACUGGAGAAGUCUUUACAGAUUUAGAUGUUCAGACCGGAAGAUUGUUCUUUCGCUGCGAAAAUGCGAAAUAAAACGUGUUUUUUAUAUA